AUGCAAAGAGCUUUUUUCGGCGACGGUUCAACAUUCCGCGCUGUUCCUAAUGCAAAUACAAUUCAGUCAUGGGUUAGGCGGCUGGAGGAAACUGGUACCACGCUUAGAAGAGGUACACAUGACCGACGCAGGUCCAUAAGAACACCGGAAAAUGUGCAGCUGGUGAGAGCAGCAAUUGAGCAGUCGCCAGGACGUUCUGCUCGAAAGCAUGCUUUUGCUUUGGGAAUGUCAUGUAGCAGUCUGAGGAGGAUUUUCUAUUUAGAUUUGCAGUUUCAUCCCUACAAGAUGAUGUUGGCUCAUGAAUUAAGUGUAGCAGAUUACCCCAACCACAGAAAUCUAUAUGAGCAAAUGCUUGCACAGUUCCCUCCCGCAGCAGUUUUCUUCAGUAGCAACAAGGCACAUUUUCAUCUCAGUGGAGCUGUGAUUAAGCAGGGCUCAAAAUAA